CCCAAUUCUCUCCUCGCUUGCUCUCAGGGAAAUGCUGCGGUCACUCCUCAGGGCGGCCGCUUCGGCGGGAGCCACCGCCAGACGCCGCACGAGCCUCCCAACGCCGCCAUCCGCGACCACCGCUACUUCUCAGCUUGGUUCGUACAGAGGCUACGCUGCGAAGGUCACCAAAGCGUCCCUCACAAAGGCCAAGAAAGCCAAGUCGAAGUCCGACGCCAAGGACGCGGCCGCCUCCUCAUCUUCCUCUUUUUCCCCCGCCGACGACCUCGAUGACGAGGACAUACGCCUUCGCCACCUCGCGGAGGACGAGAAGAACAAGUCUCUCGACGUCGGCCCCAAUGGGCGCCCUCUCUUCACCUCCACUCAUUCGCUAUCUCAGCUUUCCCGCCAAGACAUUUGCACUUACAUGAAAUUCAGUAUGGAUGAUUUGAAUGAGAUGUUGCCGGAAGGAGUGCCGUUGGGGAUGGUGAAGGAAUUUGAGGAUUCGAAACGGACAGCAUUGUUGGUUCGGCAGAGUUUCUUGGACCUUCGUGAUAAUUUUAGGCGCAUUGUUGACCCUUCUUUGCAAUCUUCUAACGCCAAGGGUCCAAAAGUUCAGAAGCAAAUUGUUUUGGAUGGUCCUGUUAGCUGCGGCAAAAGUAUUGCACUUGCAAUGCUUGUUCACUGGGCUCGUAAUGAGGGUUGGCUUGUUUUCUAUGUACCUUAUGGUCGAGAAUGGACGCAUGGAGGAUUUUUCUACAAAAAUCCACAAACUGGUCUUUGGGAUACUCCUGUUCAGGCAGCAAAUGCUCUGCAGAACUUUUUGAAAUACAAUCAAUCUCGCUUACAACAAUUGCAUUGCCAAUUGUCUGAUCCUAUCCCAUUGGGAGAGGGUGCUGGUGUUGGGUGGCUGAAAGGGGUUGAUUCCAUGGCAAUGCCUGAAGGUUCAACACUCUAUGACCUCAUUCAAACAGGACUAAAUUACACCCAUGCUUCCGUUGGAGUGCUAGUUCGUUUGAGGAAAGAAUUAUCACUUGUAAAAGAUGUACCUGUUCUCCUUGCAAUUGACCAAUACAAUAAUUGGUUUACAUUCAGCGAGUAUGAGGAGCCAGUAACUGCUCGUUCUUGUCGGCCUCUGCAUGCUAGAGAACUGGCAACGGUGAAUGCAUUUAGGUCUAUGAUGAACAAUGACAUGAUGGUCGGUGCUUUCUCUCACUCAACAGCAGUAGGGAAGCUAAGGAAGGACUUGCCAGAUGUUCCAACAGGUGCUCGCAUUAAUUUUCCCCGGUACAAUUUAAAUGAAGCUGCUGCGGUUUGCCACUACUACCUCAGUGCUCCAACUGUUCAGGGUUUUGGCCAAAGAAAGAGGCGCACGUCUUUGGAAGCAACAAGUCAUAUUGUGUGAACUCUUCUAAAUGGUCAAUUACCUUUCUUGGACGCAUUGAAUGCUUGACAAUUCAGUCUAUGAAACUAUACCUGAAUCCUCAAUUUAUGCACAAGGACUACUAUGCUAGUUUGCCAAAUGCCAUUGUACCUUAAAUUAAUAUAGCACUUCAGAAUAUGAAAUGUAAUGUCUUUGGGCAUCAGAAUUAGAAGAAUCUGGCACUUACUUCUUACACCAACACCUGUCAGGAAGCAUUGACAAUAAUAAAUUUUGGACUGCAAAUCGUAGCAGAAUAAAGUUGGCCAAUGGAUGCAGGAUACGGGGUGCUGUCAUACCAAAAAGAAAGUUACAGGGCACUGUAGAAGAAGAGAUUGACCAUAUGAAUAUUGGGAACUCUAAUUUGUGCCAGAGAUACAUUUAGGAGAUGCGUAUUAGUUGGUGUCAUUAUUUCAUAUUCAUUGCUCAAUUAGGUGCUUUUUUGGGUAUACAUUCCACAGCUUCAUCCUUUUAUGAUAACAUGCAAAUCACAUUUUUGCCUGCUUCUAUAAUUGCAUGCUAUGCACUUCCUUCCAUGUCGAAGUCCAUGUAAGUUGCCGCCAUGCUAAUAGUGCAGAAAAAAUGGAACAUUGUUAGUCCCCAUUCACAUGACAACUUCAACUCCCUACACUCUGGCAGGGGUUUGGUCACCCUUGAUGCAGAACACUUGAGGUUAAAGCUAUGGGUUUUGUCAGGGCCUCGCCCCUCUCUCUUGACAGGGGCUCAGUGUCAGACAUGUUAUAAGAGAAAGAACCAACUAUAGCAUAGGUUGUCUUGCACUCGUGUUCCCAUUUCCUAAUAAAUAUGUAAACUAUUGUAGGGCCACCCUACCCAUGUGUUCUUUUCUAUUGGGAAGUUGAACAUGAGGUGCCCAGGGGGCUUUCCAAGUGUGGGGAAGUUCAGGUUUCAUGCUAUUUCAUGUUCAUACUAUUCUAGCCUUUUUCAGUUUUAAUUGCACUAGAAUGCUAAUGAAAACAUAGCAAUUAUAGUGUGUGUUUUUAUCUUCUUUUCUAGUCACUUUUACCCUAGUGAGAAAAGUAUGAGGGGAUGUCUAGUGCAGAGCAAUACCUACCUGGCAGUGCUUACCUGCUGGGGAGUUGAAUAUGUGAGGCCUGAAGGGGCAGAUGUGGGGGAUCUGCAGGUGCUUAUUCACUUUGUUCUAAUUUGUAUCCAAACCUCGUCCUGGAGAUCAAUAUCACAAUCACCAUUGAGAGCAUGCAAAAUGGAUUUGAUCCCUCCCUUUGUCAAGUGCCAUCUCCACCUGUCCUCCCACUCCCCAGUGAUGACAUCAUCCUGGAGCAUCUCAAAAGCAGCAUGGUAGUUAUACAAGAAGUCUGGUGUUUGUGGCAUGAAUUUUUUUGGCUUUAUCCAUUCAUUUUUUAUUUUAAUUAACCUAGAAGAGAUGUAACCUAGACGAACCUCUAGUUGGAUUUUGACUUAUGAUUGUUGUUGUAUCCUAGAAUAGAUGUAUCCAUUUUCUAGUUAUUUUAUUUAGUGAUUUCUUUUAGAAUGCUGUAUAUAUUUUUUCAUUCUUGAAGUCCCACUAAAAUAAGAUGUGCAU